AUGUUUUUACGUACACAAUCCCGUUUUUUCCAUGCUACCGCCAAGAAGAUGGAUUUCUCCAAGAUGUCUAUCGUCGGUCGUAUUGGUUCCGAAUUCACUGAACAUACCUCUGCCAAUAACAAUCGUUAUUUGAAGUAUAGUAUCGCUUCACAACCAAGAAGGGAGGGACAAACCAAUUGGUACAACGUCACCGUGUUUAAUGAACCACAAAUCAACUUCUUGACAGAAUAUGUCAGAAAAGGUGCUUUAGUAUAUGUUGAGGCCGAUGCUGCUAACUACGUCUUUGAAAGAGAUGACGGCUCCAAGGGCACUACUUUAAGCUUAGUCCAAAAGGACAUCAACUUGUUGAAAAACGGGAAGAAAAUAGAAGAUGCUGAGGGUCAGGAAGAUGCUGCUUCUUCUGAAUAA